CAUCUGAAAGAACGUGGAAUAAGACUUGGUGUGUGUCAGACAGAAGUGAUGGAUGUAGCAAUCGAUGAAGUGGCACAAUUUGUUCGUUACAAAAUAAGUAAAUGGAAGAUGGAUGCUGAAGAUGAUGAUGACAGUAAUAACAGUGUGCUAAGUUCGAUAAACAGCGAAAGCCCACCAAUAAGGAAAAUAUUUCUGGGAAAUUUAAGUAAUAGGACAUCUUAUCAUGAUCUACGGCAUCUUUUCUCUCCUUACGGAACAGUUGUUGACGCACAUGUCUCAAGAGGCAGAUUUACGCAUGCAAAAAAGAGGUUUGGCUUUGUGACGUUUAAGCACCCUGAAGAUGCGGCAAGUGUGCUGGAGUUGAAACCAGGAGAACUGAGGCUUCAUUUAAGGAAUUUAUGUGUGGCGCCAGCUUACAGUUGGCACCAGCCAGUUGAACUCCCAGAUGGAACUGUGCUGUGGAGAUCAGAUUCCCGUGGUGGUUCGAAGGGUCACCAACAUCGUCCUGUCCUGCAGUUGUCUCCAUCCAAGGCACAGUCCCAUAACAAAGAGUCAACUUAUUCAGAGAGUGAAUAUGCAGCAGGUGAUGACAGGGAGAUCGGAGUAGUUGGUGGUCACAGCUUUGCUUCCCAGACGUCCAGCUCUAUUAGAAGGAAACAGAAGCAGGAAGAAGAGACUGAGAAUGAUGAAGAAAGAGGAGUGGAGGAGGGAGAAUGCAAAAUUGAUAUUCUCAACAAUGAUUGCCUCAUGCACAUAUUCUCCUUCCUUACCAAAAGAGUGAGGAUCAAGAUCGAAAGAGUUUGCAAACGCUGGCAGAUGGUGUGCUUAGAUAUGUGGGUGUGCCAGAAACAUUUGGACUUCAGCUUAGUCUUUCCUUUGACAUCUGCGACAGUCCUGAACAUGCCAAUACUUAGAUCAUUUUUGAAACGAUGUGGAAGAAAUCUACAGAGUCUGGAUGUGUCUCACAAACCUCAUAAUUUAAACACUUCUGUUCUUCAAACUGUCGCUGCUAUGUGUAAGAACCUUCGUUACCUUAACCUGGCUGGUUUGCCAGUAACUCCAGCUGGCCUUAGAAGUCUGUCAACCAUUGGUCACGAGUUGAUAGUGCUGAACCUGGAUGGAUGUUCAGGAGUUUUUGAUAAAGAACUUCAGAAUGUGUUCAUACAUAGUCCACACUUGGAAUCUGUUACAUUGUCUAAUAACUGUGCACUAAGAGGAAAAUGUCUGUAUGGCCUGGCUCAUGCACCCCUUAAGGAAUUAGUAUUGGACAAAUGUAACAAUCUCCGAUCUCGGAAUCUAGUGAGAGGACUUCGUUUACUGAAGGGCCUUAAUAGGCUUAGCCUGAACUAUUGUAUGAAUUUGACGAGCAGUGAUGUGGCAGGUGUCAUUCGUGCGCUUCCAAAACUGCAUUCAUUGUCAGUAGCAGGAUAUUUUCCCUUAUUCACCAGUGCUACUCUCAUAUCACUGGAUGAGCUGCCUGACCUUAUGAGCCUCAAUCUUCAACUUAAUCCUGCUGUUGAUGACCAUAUCUUGGAUGUCAUCACAAGAAGUUGCCACAGGAUUGAAGAACUCAACAUAGCAGGUUGCAGCUCUAAUUCUUGGGACACAGUUACUGUGACAGAGGUUGGAUUCAGGUGCCUGGCAGCAUUGCCAAAUUUAGUCAAUCUUGUAAUUAGUUAUUCUGCAAAAUUGUUUGAUGCUGCACUGGAAGCUAUUGCAAGCAGAGGCAAGCUCCAGAAGCUGGUAUGCCGUGGCUGUCCAAAAAUUACAGAUGCCGGUUGUAUAAGAGUGGUAACAUCAUGUAACGAAUUGGAACAUUUUGACUUCAGUGGCUGUGAUAUCGUGUCUAAUGCCACUGUGCAGGCAGCGUUAGAUUCUGUUAAGUUGCGAACCAAUAACAUUAAGCUGACGCUGAUAGUGGGAGGUACCAUGGUAUACAUGCCUGAUACUUUUGAAAAGAAUCCAAUACUAGAAGUGGAUUCUUCAAAUCUCUGUGUUAGUCAUCUUCGACCUGAUUUUGUUGAUGACAUUUACUUUCUAUCAUCUGAAGACGACGGCGACGACGAUGGAACGGUGUAUUGUUUCGGAUGUAAUUCCUCAUCAGUGUGUAGUAUACAUGAUCUACAAGAUCCUGAGGCAUUCAACUCCGUUGAUUGGGAUAAUUAAUGUUGUGAACCAAAAUGGAAGUGUAGUAGAAUAUUCAACAAGAUACUAGAAGGUCUGUACUAAUAUUUCAGUUGAGACAUUAAGAGUGAUGGAUAUUGACCCUGUGCAAUGAGAAUAUGCUAUGCACAACUAAAGAACAGCACAAGAUGAUUAUAGUAAUUCAUUAAAUUUGCAGUGCCAACCAAACUUCAGGGUAAAAAUGCCUUUUUUUUAAAGUAAGAAAACAUGCUCAUUUCGUAUUUUGUUAAACAGUGUGAAUGUUUCAUACCAUUUAGUAUAUGAUCGCAUGAGCAUACUGCCAAACAUGUUCCAUAGUAUGAAUAAGAGUCAUAAGCACUUCUUGCAUUUAAAGUUUAAUUUUGUGUUCUAAAAUGUGUUGUUCUUUUUUGUCAUUUAUUUUCACUUAGUAACAAACAGAAAAUAAUGGGCAAACAUAAAAUUUAAGAAUAUGUGUACAAUUUUAAGUAUCAAGGUAUUUUGCCACCUUUUGUCAUUCCUUUAUGAAAGAAUAAAUCCAUGAGUUAUAAC